GGCACAUGUGCGACUUCCGGGAAUAAAAAAAAUAUACUAUUUUUGGUCUCUAGAAGUCUCCCUUUAUAUUGUAAACUUUUGACAUUGUUCAUUUCCAACGUAAUGCCAAGUCUCAGACAAUGAGCCAGCUGAAAACAAGUUUUGGUGUGAAAAGUAAAUUUGAAGCAUUCUACACGGGUGGAAAAAUUCAGGUAUCAUCAGAUGGAGUGUACAUGUUUUGUGGGUGUGGCAACAGGGUCAAUGUUCUUGAAGUUGAAACUGGAAAGGUUCACAUCACGAUCGGCCAGGAGGAAGAUGAGGAAAUAACAAGCUUCUGUCUCACACCAAAUGAUCAGUAUGUCAUAUUAGCUACACAACAGCUGUUGUUACGGCAGUGGGACUGGAAGGAACAAAAACUUGUGAGAACAUGGAAGGCCAUACAUUUUGCACCAGUGGUAUCAAUGACAUUUGACUGUACAUCUACCUUGCUGGCUACUGGUAGUGCAGACUCAACCAUCAAAAUCUGGGAUGUAGAGAAGCAGUACUGUACACACAACCUACGAGGACACCAGGGUAUCAUUAGUAUUGUAGCUUUCCAUCCAGAUAUUUCACGAUUACUGUUAUAUACAGCUGGUGAAGAUUAUAAGAUACGGGUGUGGGACUUGAAGACAAGUAAAUGUAUCGCCGAGGUGGCAGCUCAUUACAGUCUUGUUACAUGUGUAGACUUCUCUGUUGAUGGAUCAAGUGUUUACACGACUGGUAGAGAUGGUGUAGUGAGAAUUCUUGAUACCGAAACACAUGCUAUAAGGAAAACCAUUCCAGUGUUUGAGGUUGUAGAAUCUGUUGUGCUUCUUCCUGAAAAUGUUGACUACCCAGCCAUUAAUGUAGAUGGUGAGAGUGUAUAUUUUAUAACAGCAGGUAAUAAAGGUAAUUUAAGACUAUGGAAUUCUGAUUCUGGAAAGUGUGUAUUCACAACUGACGCUGUACAUUCGACACAUCAGAUAAGUGUGGACACUUCGGCAAAACCAGACACCGAAGAUCAUCAGAAUAUUGUACAGAUGGUCUUUAACAAACAGAAGAACAAUAUUACUGUGGUUACAUAUGAUCAGAAUAUCUCUAUAUUAGGGCUGGAAAAGCUAAGGCUGCAGAAACAGUUUGCAGGUAACAAUGAUGAAAUCCUGGAUGUAAAGUAUUUCGGUGAGGAUGAGAAAUACGCUGUUGUUGCCACAAACAGUAUGCAUAUCAAAGUGUUUCAGCUGUCAAACUGUGAUUGCGAGAUCCUGUAUGGACAUACAGACAUUGUACUGAGUAUUGAUGUUGUACCCAAAGCUGACAUGUUUAUCAGUGGUGCAAAGGAUAGCACUGUGAGACUGUGGAAGAUCAACCCAACUUUGAAACAGGUGUCUUGUUUAGCUGUAGGUCAAGGUCAUACACAUGCUGUUGGUGCUGUAGCAAUGUCAAGAGCAAAACCCAAAUUUUUUGUAACCGGAAGUGAAGAUUGUACAUUGAAGUUAUGGGAGAUGCCAGAUGACCUUGACCCUGUGGUAACUAAAGAGAUGCAUGCUAAUGUAACUGAGAAAGCACAUGACAAGACGAUCUGUUCUGUUGUUGUUGCUCCUAAUGAUAAAUUUAUUGCUUCUGGUUCUAUGGAUAAAACUGCAAAGUUAUGGAAGGCAAGUAACCUAUCACUAAUUGGUGUUAUGAGGGGACAUAAGAAAGGUAUUUGGUGUGUGGAGUUCUCACCAGUGGAUCAGAUUCUGGCCACAUCCUCAGGAGAUGGAACAGUGAAGUUGUGGUCACUUGCAGACUUUUCCUGUGUUAGGACAUUUGAAGGUCAUGAUUGUGCUGUUCUCAAGGUCACAUUUAUCACCAGAGGAAUGCAACUGCUGACCAGUGGAACGAAUGGCCUUGUAAAGCUUUGGACUAUAAAGAAUAAUGAAUGUGUGAAAACUAUGGAUGAACAUGAUGACAAGGUCUGGGCAAUGGCUAUUGGAGAGGCAGAGGAUAGUUUCAUCACUGGAGGCGCAGACUCAAACCUGAUUAUAUGGAAGGAUGUUACAGAAACAGAACAGAAUGAGGUUAGGCAGAAACAGGAACAGUUUAUCUUACAAGAUCAAGAGUUGUCUAACUUGAUACAGCAGAAGAAAUAUCUGAAGGCAAUAGGAUUGGCUAUUACCUUGGAACAACCAUUUAGGCUUCUCAAUAUUUUGAAAGAGAUUUUAUCUGAGGAGGCUGGUGAUGAUAAACUGUAUAGUACACUGGAGAAACUCAGAAUGGACCAAAUUGAUGCGUUGCUGAGGUUUGCUGUAAAAUGGAACACCAACAGUAGACAUUGUCAUGAGGCGCAGGUUGUCCUUUCUUCAGUCAUAAAGAUGUAUCCUCCAAAACAGUUGAAGGAGCUUGGAAACCUGAAAUCUUCAGUGGAGGGACUACUACCAUAUACAGAGCGUCAUUUUAACAGGAUGACACGGCUAGUUCAACAGGCUAUGUUUCUUGAGUAUACCUGGCAGUGUAUGAAAGGCAUCAGUUCUAAUCAACCUGGAGCAGAACUGGAACCUGCCACCCUUGGAACAACAGCAGAUGCAGGAACAGCUGGGGAUAGCAGUGAUAGCAGUUCUGAAAGUGAACCUGAAUCAGUGACAGAAAAUAUACCAAAGGCAGCUAGUAAAGACAAGAAGGCGGAUAAAAGUGAAGACAAGUCGAAAUUAGUUGAAGCAAAACUACCUGCAGAUCAGCCAACCAACGAAUCCAGCAGCUCUGAAAGUGAUGAAGAUAUGGUUGAAACAAUUGAAAAAUCCUCAAAACAACAAAAGAAGCAAAGCAUAAGACUGAAACAGCAGAAAGAAGAAGUGACUAAAAGUAAAGAAACAUCAACAAAAUAUGACAGCAAAAAAGCAGAAAAACUGAAAAGAUUAGGUUUGUUACAGGAUACUGUAUCAGACAAUGUAAAAUCAGAUGAUAAAAAGGUAAAAUUAACAGUAUCACAAAAAGCUGAGUCAUCUGAAAGUGACGAGGAGUCUAACAGUGAAUCAGAAAAAGAAAAUGAUUUUGGUGUGAUGAAAGAUAGGCAAAGAGGUAUUCUCACUCCAGUACAGAAAAGAAACAAAGGUGGAGAGCAUGAUUCAGAAAGUGAAUCCGAUAGUGAUAGUGACGAAAAUGACACUUUGUCUAGUGCUGUAAGUGAAAAAGAAGUACACAGAACUGUUCAUGAGAAAGCAAGCACUGGAAAGAGACUUGAUAAAGGAAGCAGUCUAGAAGACUCUUCUGAAUCUGAUGAUAGUUCUGACUCUGAAGAAAGUGAAUUAGAAUCUGGUCAGUCAGCCAAAGCAGCUCCGAUGGAUAUGGAAGAUGAAGAGAGCAAAAGUGACACAGGAGGUGUAAGUGAAGAAAACAUCAAGAAAAACCUUUUUAAAGGAUAUAUCACCAGGGGAAACAUUAAAGGAUCUGGAAAUAAAACGGAGAAGGUUGAAAGUCAGGGUAAUAAGACAAGCUCUGUCCGAGGUGGACAAAAGAGGAAGAUGACAGACGCAUACACAGUGGUGAAGGAUAAAACCCCUAAAGUUGUUGACAUGCAGUACUUUAUUGAUAGGAAAGCAGAUAUAAAGACGAAGGUUAAAGAUGACAUUGGAAAUAAACAAAAACCGAGGCAGCAAAGCAGAAAAGUGACCAAGGCUGAUAAGCUGAAGAAACUUAAAAAACCUGCUGGAAGAUGAUAUAUCUCACUGAUUUUAAUGAUAUAAUGUAUUAGUUAAGCAUUGAAUAAAUGUUAAACUACA